ACUCUCUCUCUCUCUCUGUCUCUCUCUUGCCCCUUCUCUGUCCUUCUCCCGCCAAUCCAGCAUUCCCCUACUCGGAAGGGCGAGCAGGAAGGAAGAGACUUGGAGAGGAGUCGGAGAGAUGGAAACCCUCGUUCCUCAGGUAUCUCAUCAUCUCAACGAUACGCUUUCGCCGGACGAAGCCCUAAUUCGAUCCGCCACGCGAGCCCUCGAUGAGCUCUCCAUGCUCACGGCUUUCCCUUUCUCCCUUAUCGCCAUCAUCAGAGGAGAAUAUGAUCGAGGGAGGAAGCUUGCUGCUGCUACCUACCUAAAGAACUUCAUUAGCAAGGUUGAUGGUGGAAGACUGCAAUAUUCUUUUGCAAAUUUCCGUGGCGAGUUCAGGAAUCAACUUGUGCAGACGUUACUUCAAGCUGAAACGGAGAUUCUUCGAGUAUUGGUUGAUGCUUAUCGGGUCGUCCUUAUUGCUGACUUUGUGAAGGAAAACUCGUGGCCUGAACUUGUGCCAGAUUUGAGAUCUGCGAUCCAAAAUAGUAGCUUUAUGAGUAAUUCUUUAAGCCUUCCAUGGAAGACCAUAAAUGCUCUUGCGAUUCUUCAGGCCACCAUCAAACCUUUUAAGUAUUUUUUAAAUCCUGAACUUGCAAGGGAGUCAGUUCCGCAGCAGUUGAAUUUAAUUGCGAAAGAAAUUAUCGUACCUCUACAGGCUAUUUUCCAUAACGCUACUGAGAAGGUGCUCUUGCAUGAGGAUGGGAAAAAUGUGGAAACAACGAGAGUUCUUCUUAUACUCUGCAAAUGUAUUUAUCUUGCCGUGAGGUCGUACAUGCCAUCUGCUUUGGGUCCUACUUUGCACUUGUGGUGCCAAGAUUUCUUUCGUCUUCUUGGUUCACUGAAUCUAGAAACAGAGUCUUCUCAAGAAAGCUUUUUGUUGAGGAUGAAGAUUGGAAAGAGGUGCUUGCUGAUUUUCUGUGCUCUUGUUACUCGGCAUCGUAAACAAACCGACAGGUUGAUGCCUGAAAUUCUUACCUCUGCUCUCAAUCUGGUCAAGCACAGCCCCCAUGUUCAUAAGCUGGAUUUUCUUCCCGAGCGUGUCAUGUCACUAGCAUUUGAUGUCAUAUCACAUGUUCUUGAAACAGGACCGGGAUGGAGAAUAGUUUCACCAUAUUUUCUGUCGCUUCUGGAGUCAGCAAUAUUUCCUGCUUUGGUGAUGAAUAACAAGGAUGUAUCCGAGUGGGAGGAGGAUCCAGAAGAGUAUAUAAGAAAGAAUCUUCCAUCAGAACUUGGCGAAUGUUCUGGAUGGAGGGAAGAGCUUUUUACUGCAAGAAAAAGUGCAAUAAAUUUACUGGGUGUUAUGGCAAAGUCAAAGGGCCCCCCUCUGUCAAACACGCGCAAUGCAAGUCCCGCAAUUUCUGGAAAGCGUAAAAAAGGUGCCAAGCAUAUUAAAGGAAAGGAAGGUUUUUGCUUGAUUGGGGAUUCACUGGUAAUGCCAUUUUUGUCAAAGUAUUCCAUUCCCUUAGAUGCCAUGACCGCUUCAACGGGCAUUAGUGAGUAUUAUGGUGUUCUGAUGGCAUAUGGAGGUCUUCAAGAUUUUCUGAAAGAGAAAAAUCCAGACUACACAGGAAAAUUGGUUCAAAAUAAUGUGAUGCCACUAUAUUCAUCUGCAUCUUGUUCACCUUAUUUGCUUGCUACUGCAAAUUGGCUUCUUGGAGAACUUGCAUCCUACUUACCUCAGCAAAUGAAUGCAGAUAUAUAUAAUGUGCUUCUCAAGGCGAUGGUGAUGCCUGAUGAAGAUGAUAUAAAUUGCUAUCCAGUCCGUACGUCUGCUGCUGCUGCUAUUGGAGAAUUACUUGAGAAUGAUUAUGAGCCACCUGAAUGGUUGCCGCUUCUGAAAAUAUUGGUUGGCGGGGUGAAUGAAGAUGAUGAAAACAUAGCCUCUCUUAUGUUCCAUCUUUUGAUGACUGUAGUGACUUUAGGCGAUGAUAAGAUUACAUGUCAUAUACCUAUGCUAGUGUCAGCAAUAUCUGAUGCUAUUCCAAAGCACGUGCCACCUAGUCCAGAACCAUGGCCACAGGUUGUUGAACCAGCAUUUGCUGCUUUAGCAGCAACUAGUCGUACUUGGGUUGAUUCAGUUCCUGAAGAGGAAGAUUCAAAUGAAACUGCCCAUGAUUGGAAGACUGGUACAGCUACCGUGGUUGGAGCGUUGGCUUGUUUACUACAAAAAGUUUGGCUGUCACCUGUACAAGCAUCUAACAGAGAGAUUGACAUUUCCCUUCCACCAUCGUCAUGCUUAGAUGCAGUUUCUUCAAUACUUGGCACUCUGAUGAAGCUUAUUAUAGACAAGUCUCAGUUAUUUCAUUUGAGAAUUGAAGAGCUGCUAGUGAUAUGGUCACAGCUGAUAGCAGAGUGGGACGCUUGGGAGGAAAUGGAGGAUAUGGCUGUCUUUGCUGCUAUUGAGGAAGUCAUUGUCAUUGUUAAGAAGUAUGAGUUGAAAUCAUUUUUGGUGAGAAUGCCUCCACCUCCACCUUCACCACCUGUUCCUCCAUGUUCUAUAAUAGAAGGCAUUGGAGCUUUCCUUGCUAACGCCAUUUCAGCAUAUCCAUCUGCGACAUGGAGAGCAUGCUCCUGUGCACAUAUGUUGCUGCACUUGCCAAGCUUAUCACUCCAAAUUGAAGAUGUGAAAAAAGCACUUAUUUUCAGCUUUACCCAUGCAUCUUUUUCACAUUUCAAGGGCAUUCAGCAUAAACCCUUUGCUUUGUGGAAACCUCUUUUGCUACUUAUUGGGGCAUGUUAUAUAUCUGAUCCUGAUUAUGUUGAGAGAAUAUUGGAAAAGGAUGUGGAAAAUGGAUGUAUGAUUUGGGCAUCAGGGAUGGCAUGUAUCUCUUCCAGGUCAUUUGAACCAAGUCUGUCAUCUAGGUCUGAGAUCAAGUUAGCUGGUUUGACCUUGAUGCAAUUUCUUGAGAGACGGAUGUCCUCAUCAGAACAAGAUGCUGGGAUUGUAGGAAAAUGCUUUGCAUCUCUGACAGAAACCCUUAUUUAUUUAAAAGAAGUUGAGGAUAAUAAUGGUGAAAGUGACAUUGGUAUGGAUGAUGUGACUGAGGAAGAUGAAGAAACUGACACAGAUGAGGAUUCUAAUGAUGGUGAUGAAGAAACAGAGGAAGAGUUCUUGGAGAGAUAUGAACAAGCAACUUCAGGAAAUGUUGAUGUAACUACCAUAGACGAGGGUGAUGUGGAAGAUCAAACCCAAGAAAUCGAGUUGGGUGACUUGGACAAAAUUGAUCAGCAACAGCUUGUAAUAUCCUUUAUCCAAAGACAUCAUCACGCCCUUUUAGAUGCUAAGUUCCUUAAUCCCGAGCUGGCAUCUAGAUUCAUCAGCAGCUUUCCCGAUGCUGCAGCAUUCUUAAAUGCUGCUUGUUGAGAAUUUCUUAUUUUGUGAAACGGUCUCUGUAAAUUUUCAUUUAUUUGUAUGUCUGCUGUACUUGUAUUCGCCGUUAUCUUCAAGACUUGACUUUUGCCGGGCGUUUUCUGCAUCAUGCAAGUUUAGCUUCAAAAACCUUUUGUUUGCCGAGAUUUACAUCUAUACUUUCUGGUUGUCGACGACAAGAAGGCAUACUUGCAGAGAUUUGAGGUGGGCUUGGAUGCUUGGAGGUGAUUGAAGAGGCAUUUGUUUCAACGUAGUUUGUAUGGUGAUAAGUUAAAAAAAUUACUGAUAAAGGACGCGUGUUUCUAGUGUC